GGCCCCGCCCCCUCGCUCAUUCCAGUUCCCAGCCUCGGAGGCGCCAGGCCCGGGCCCUGGGAGGAGGCUCCUCCCCGAGGCCAGGCGCUGGGACCUGGGUUCCCGGAGAGUCCUCGGCAGGAGCGGCCACCAUCAGAAGUUGAAUUAUUACUGUUGUUUAUUAAACAUUUUAUAAAGGUAACAGGAGAAAACAAAGAGAAUCCCAUACACUAUGUCUGGUGAAGUUUUUAGCACAACUUUGGCAUAUACAAAGAGUCCAAAAGUCACCAAAAGGACUACUUUUCAGGAUGAGCUAAUAAAAGCAAUUACAGCUCGCUCAGCCAGACAAAGGAGCUCUGAAUACUCAGAUGACUUUGAUAGUGAUGAGAUUGUUUCCUCAGGUGAUUAUUCUGACACCUCCAUAGAUGAAAAUUCACUGAAGAAAACAAUGAAUGAUUUCCAGAUAUCAGAUGAUGAAGAAAAUAAUUCUCCUAAACUGUCCUUUUUGAAAACUAAGAAAUCAAAUAGUGACCCAAUGACAGAGGAGUCAAGCCUCUCUAAUAAAAGAGACGAGGAAAUGGCGCCUGGGAACUGUGAAGACAGGGUUGCAAAUUUCUUAUCUGAGUCUCAAAAUGAAGACCAGGAAACUGAAAAAGAGAAACUUCAAAUGAAACCUAAACCCAGAAUUCUUUCACUCAAAAACACAUCUUCAGCAGAAAACAGCAGCAGCCUUAAAGCAGAAAACCACUUCACACCUUCACCUCGGCCAAGGAGCAUGUUGAAAAAGCACAGGCUCCAGGAAGAAAAAGAUGGACUAGGAGAAGAGAAAGAAGCUGCCCUCCGGGAAGAAUUAGAGGCACAUCCUGCACCUCCAUCCCUCCCAGAGCCGAAUGACAGCCAGCCAGAAGCUGAGGAAAAAACAUUCUCUGAAGACCUUGAUCCUGAGCAGGAUCCAUGGUUAACAAGUUUAUCAUCAUCAUCCCUUAAAGAAAGUUUUGGAGAUUUCCUUUCACCAGUAUCUGGGGAAAAAACAUCUAUAAAAGAUCAGAAUGAAGAAUUCACCGAAAAUCAUCAUUCCUUGAAAUCAGACAAAAAUGAAGAUAAUUCACUUUUGAUAGACUUUGUUACUUCUGCACUUGAGAAAUCCAAAAAAGGGCAAGUGACUUCUGAUGACCUUGAAGAAAACAAGGAGAAAGCUAAGUUGGUAAUGAGUGAGGACUUAACAGUUGACCCACCACUAUCUCAGCAGAAUUUAAGAUCUUCCAGUGCAAUUGAAUCUGCAAAGAAAACACCUGAAGAUGGAAAUAAGAAGAGUAAACAGUCAGCAAAUAAUAGAGCAUCCAGUGCCUCUGGCAGAUUAAUGACCUCUGAAUUUUUAAAGAAUUCUAGUUCUAUAAGAACUCCAUUGAAAACCACCUCUUCUCACUACUUAGGGACUUUGAAAGUCUUGGAUCAAAAGUCCUCACACAAACAGAACAAAGAACCUAACAAAGCAGAUAACAUAAGAGCAGCUGUUUAUCAGGAAUGGUUAGAGAAGAAAAAUUUAAAAAUACAUGAAAAGCACAGAAUUAAAAGGAUUGAAAGUGAAAAUUCAAAGAUCGAAAAUGAGCAGAAAAGAGCUGCUAAGAGAGAAGAAGCCUUAGCAUCAUUUGAGGCCUGGAAGGCUAUGAAGGAAAAGGAAGCUAAGAAAAUAGCUGCAAAAAAAAGGCUUGAGGACAAAAACAAGAAAAAAACUGAAGAAGAAAGUGCUGUGAGAAAAGAAGCACAACAUGCUUUUGAAAGAUGGAAGGAAAAAAAGAUGGAAUAUCUUAAAGAGAAAAAUAAAAAGGAAAAAGAAUAUGAAAGAGCAAAGAAACAGAAGGAGGAGGAAACUAUUGCUGAGAAAAAGAAAGACAACCAAACUGCUGUGGAAAAAUGGAAUGAAAAAAAGGAAGCUUUUUUCAAAGAAAAGGGAAAAGAGAAAAUCAGUGAGAAAAGGAAAGAAGAACUGAAAAGAGCUGAGAAAAGAGAUAAAGAUAAACAAGCUAUUGAUGAAUAUGAAAAAUGGCUGGAAAAGAAAGAAAGGCAGGAAAGAAUGGAACGAAAAGUAAAGAAACGUCACUCCUUUCUUGAAAAGGAGGCACUUCCUCCAUGGAGUCCUCCAAGCAGAACUGUGUUCUCAAAAGUGAUUUGAUAAUUCUACUUCUUACAGUAUUUAGUUAUUAAUUCAGUAAUGUUAGCGAUAGGUUUAAAAUUAUGUAUCCAGUUAUUUAUAGUUAGAAUAGUUUAUUUUAAAUUAAAUGCCAGCUGCUUCUGCUGGUCAUAAAAAGUAUGCUUUGGGGCUUAACCAGUGAAAACAUUGAAAGUGGUUUUUGAACUACAGAUAAACUGCCUCAAAUGAAAAGCUCUAAUCAUCAGAAUGCUCUUCCUUUUAAAAUACCCUUUAUCAUGUCUUGAGGAUUCUGACAGUCAGGUGAUCAGUGAUCGCUUUCACUGUGCCGUUUAUGUUAUUUAAGUAUGUUUGUUCCCAAUAGGAAAAAGGAAACCAUCUAGAAACAAUAAUUAUGGAAAUAAUUGAAUUUAUAUAUGAUUGUACAUCUAGAUUCAUGUUUUUAAAUGAACGGUUGCUGGGAAGUAUUAUUUCUUCUAAAUUGAUCUUUAGCUCAAAGCAGUUUCAUUUGCACUUUGUAAGCUAGAGUUUUGGUCAACUGAGGAGUAAUUCAGUAAUUUGGUCAACUGAGGAGUAGUUAAGUAGAAUGCUAAUUAUUGAAACAUUUUAAGAAUUCUGCCUUUUGUUUUAAUAUGAAUGAACUUUACCUAUUCUAGGCUUAUGUGACAAUCACAGGCACUUUGUUAUGAGCAGACCUCUGAAAUUUGUCUUUUUAAAUUUCAUGUUGCUUUAUUGUUUCAGUGAUACCAAAAAGAUAUCUAUUCCAUGGUAGUGAUAUACUUAAACAUUAGUUAUAGAAAUUCUGCACGGGGUUGAGGGGGAGAGGGGGGGAGUCCCUCAGCUGACCUGCACCCUUUCCAAUCCGGGAGUCCUCAGGGGAUGUCCAACUGUCAG